GAUGAAAAUUUUUAUUGAUUUCUCAGGAGUUAUUGGCACUAGCAAAGAAGAAAAAGAAGCUGUCUGGCAGUGAAUCAUCAGGUGGUUCAUCACCUAGACAGAAGCCCACACCUCAGGCAAAGGUUGCAUCUGAUUCUGAUUCUGAAACUAGUGAUUCUGACUCAGACUGGGAUGCUCCCAAGGGCAGAAAAAAGAAAAUGGGUAAAGCAGCUGGAAAAACACGGAACAAACGGGCAGUGGUUGCUCGGGACAGUGACUCAGAUGACAGUCGACCACCUAGAGGUAGUGGAUCAGAGCCAGAGGAGGGUGAGGUGUCAGACAGCAACAGCAGUGACUCAGAUGUUGACUUGGAUGAAGAAUUUGAUGACGGCCUUGAUGAAAACAUGAUUGGAGACGAAGAAGACAGAGCACGUUUAGAACAAAUGACCGAAAAGGAACGUGAGCAGGAAAUUUACAAUCGAAUUGAGAAGAGAGAAGUAUUAAGAACUCGUUUUGAAAUAGAAAAGAAAUUGAAAUUGGCUAAAAAGAAAGAACAAAAAAAGAGAAAGGAAAAGGAAGGUGACAAAAAAGAGUCUAAGGUAAAUAUUUUAAAAUUUUGGUGA